AUGCGUCCGCUUAUCCUGCAUGUGUCCGCGCUCAACGACUCAGAAUAUCCGCUUUACAUCGCCUCGCUGCGCGACCUCGCCGAAGCAGACCCAGAUUCUCUCACCGUGCACGACGAUGCCUACUACGAGGGCCUUAAAAUUGGCGUGCGCGAAGCCCGUGCGUGGCUCAGAGGUCGCUACACCACCAUUGCGCCUCCCGUUGUCGACUCGGUUCUGCGUCUGUUCUGUCCCAAUCUCGGUCAAACCGACGCAAUCAAUGGCGGCCAGUUUUUCGCCGUGCUCAGGCUAAUCACGCACGUGUUGCACGGAAAGCAGGUUGACUCCUCACUUGUCUUCGUCCAGGCCCACCCGGAUUUCCCUUCGUCACCGGCGGAACCAGUACACCCACCUCCAUCGCAGCCAGUGGUGUUUGACCCGCCAGCGCCAGAUGUCAAUCCAUUCUUCACGCCUACGGUCGAGAAAUCCCGAACCUCAUCUCCAGCGUCGCUUCCCGACGUGGUUCCGCCAGUGCCUCCUAAGCCAAGCACGAAUCCAUUUCUGGCGCGGCGCCCUUCCGCACCUGGUCGCGCGUCGCUGGAGGUCCGGACGCUACCUCUUCCCACGCGCCAGUCGCUUGAAGUUAGGACGCCGCCUCUUCCGCCGCGCAAGCCCGCGGCUCCGGCGCCUCCACCACGACACUCUUCCCUCGUCGUUCCCCAGCCGCGGAAUACCACUCACCACGGAUACGGUGGUCCCCCGACGAACACGCUGAUCCAGCAGUCGCUGCAGGCGGGGCGGGUGGCGCAGAGUCUGAAGAAGGCGGAGGAGCGGCUCGAGAAGGAGCGGGUUCUGGAGGUGCUGAAGAGUAGCGUGCCCACGUCGCGGCGCACGCGCAGUAUCAGUCCGAUGAAGGACCUGGCCGGGUCGGGCUCAUCCAAAUCUCCGUCGGUCAGCUCCCGCGAGCGCGAGAAACGGCCGACGUUGCCGCCUCGCCCGAGGGUCAGCCCGCCGGCGUCGUCGACGGCCACCGCGCGAUCCUUUGAACAGGUGGCGCACGCGACGGUGUCGAGCUCGCCGUUCCGAGCACGGGACGUGGCGUACCAACGCUCUUUGGGCCCUCUUAGCAAAAGCGUGGGUGCACGGUCUCCCUCACGCACACCGCCGCGCGCGUUCGUCGAUCUGCCGAACGAGCCGCCACCAAUGCACCCCGACCUCAAGCCGAUACUGGCAGGGCAAGGCGAUAUGGUCCCACCAUCACCCGACUCUCCGGGCUCGCCCAAUUCGGCGCCCUCGCUGCGUACGCUCCGGUCGAAGAGCGUGCGCUCGUCAUCGCCGCCUCCGGUGCUUCCGCCACUAAGACGGCGGCCCGAGAGCGUACAGCUCAGCCCGUCGCCAACUGCGCUGGAGCUGACAUCUCCCGUCCCGUCGCCCAUGCAUGCGUCGUUUCCGAGCACGCUCCCCUCUGCGCCGCCGACGCAUAGCUACAGUCAGGGCCAACGAGGGCUCUCGCGCCACCUCUCGAUGUCGUCCUCGCUCGCGGGACGGCCGCGGCAGGAACGGGACGCGAUGUCGGAGGGGUCGCCGAUGGCUAGCCUGCAGAAGACGCUCGUGGGACUGCAUCAGCGCGCACAGCCGCACCUCGAGAACGCGCGGUACAAGGCGGAGGCGGGGCUCACCCGUCGCGGGUUCGUGCAGCACCAGAACGGGCCACGGUGGAUGAUGCAGCGAAGUGAGGAGCGGCUCGUCAGCACUGACACCGGGGAGAGCGGCGGAGACGGCGACGUGGGCUUGGGUACCGAUGAGAGCAGUGUGGACCAGGACUUGGAUGUUGAUACGGGCCCGGAGGAGCCGGAGGGGCAUGCAUGGGAGGAGCGCUUACGGAGGCGGAGGAUGGAGAAAGGCCAGAACGCGAGGAAAGACCUUCUGGGGGUCGAGAGGGAUAACUUGAAGUGGCCCGUAGGCGAGGGCUGGCGGCCGUUAUAA